AUGAACUACGAAGCUGAUAUAGAGAUAGUGCAUGGAAAAGGUAUAUUUUGCAUUAUUCUUACAUUAUGCCUGUCAUCGGCUACUUCCAUUCUUGCUUUCGAGUUCGUGUCCAUUGUUUUUCUCAACUACGCACCAAAUUUCACCUGUAUUGACGGCAGACUGGAAAAUCUCUCUAGGGUCACAUGGAUAUCUAACACUGAUUAUACAAAUCUUGCCUUAGGCAAGUUGGCUUCGAUUCCGGACCAGACCGACAAUCAGAUUGAACAGUGUUAUGCAGCGAUUCAAAAUGCCUCAAAUGAACUCCAAGCAUUUGCUUGUUCAAAAUUCUCCUAUGAUGGCUCAGUGAUGUAUCAUACAUUUGUUACGGAUUAUAAUCUUGUCUGCGACAGAAAAGCCUAUGCAAACUGGCUGACGUCCGCCACGAUGAUAGCUAUUGCCGUCGGCCACCUUCUCGCUGUUUUUACGGACAAAUUUAGCAGGAGGAAAAUUCUAAUUUUUUACAUGGUUUUGGACAUUUUCUGGAGCCUUGUAACCCCCUUCGUUCCUAACCUUUGCGGAAUUUUUAUUUGUCGAAUCAUGAGAAUGUUAUCAAUUCCCUUGUGUUACCUUGCGUCAUGUCUCCUUUUUGAACUACUGCCAGCAGAAAAAAGAACAGUUUACGGAAAUUGCUACUGGGCCCCAUUCACCGUGAGUUAUAUUGCUACUGCUGGGUUAGCAUAUUUGGCGAGGGACUGGAGGACUCUUAGACUGUAUGGACUUUUAGGACUCGUCGGUUACAUUCCUUUAUUUUUAUUACUGCCGGAGUCUCCGAGGUGGCUGUGUCUUAAUGGGAAAUAUGUUGAGUACCGAGCCGUUCUGGCUAAAUUAGCCAAAUGGAACAAAGCCACGCUUCCAGAAAAUUUUUGGAACAAAGCGUUUGAAGGAGCACCAUUAGCCUCAAAUCACGGUCUGAAAGAAUCCGCUAGUACGACACCCUUCAUCUGUGAAACUGGUGGGGUAUGCGAGGAGUCAGGUGGGGAUCCUGUAAAGACGGACACCCUACUGGAUGCGUUUCGUUCACCAAACCUGAGAAAAAUUUUAUUAGUUUUCUGUGUGCAGCUGGCAGCGGUUAGUUCCUGCUAUUACGGCCUUUCAACUAGUGCCGACUUUGCCUCCGACAACGUUUUCCUAAAUGUAUUUUACAUGGGUCUCAGUGAGGUGCCGUCCAGUGUGGUUGGCUGGCUAAUCUGCCGUAGGUUCGAUAGACGAGGUAGCUUCCUGCUAACAUCCGCCUUUGUGAUUCCGUCUCUCAUGCUGGCCCCAAUCCUGCGCCCAUAUUCACCUGUUGCAAAUAUACUGAUCAUUAGCACUGGAAAAUUGAUGGUGACAAUUGCGUACAACGUGUGCCUCCUUCACAUAACCGAAGUAUUUCCAACAACAGUGAGAAAUAUGGGUCUGUUUUUCGUAAUGGCAUUUGGCUGUGCUAUCUCUGGACUCUCACCGUUUAUUAACGAGUUACGUUCGGUAUGCAUCUACCUACCCAGUAUUGUUUAUGCUGUGAUGAAUCUACUUGCCGCACUCUUAGCCUUCUAUUACCUACCCAACACCAAGCAUUGUCCAAUGGCUCAGACGAUUAGCCAGGUUAAAACCCUGCGUCGGGGAAGGGAGCAGCAGUGGAUCGAAUUCAUGGUUUUUCAGAACAACGGUGGUCAAGUAUAA